AUGGAGGAAGCUCACUCUGGAAUCUGUGGUGCUCAUCAGUCAGGUCCAAAACUGCAUGACCGUAUUAAAAGAAUGGAGCCAUUACACCCCACAGUCGCAUCCUGGCCAUUUGAAGCAUGGGGACUCGAUGUAGUCGGCCUAAUUACACCAAAGUCAUCUGUUGGACAAGCGUAUAUUUUGGCAGCGACUGAUUAUUUUUCCAAAUGGGCAGAAGCCAUCCCCCUACGUGAAGUGAAAAAAGAAAAUGUUGUUGACUUCAUUCGUACUCACAUCAUCUACAGAUAUGGUGUAGAUCAACGAAUUGUAACCGAUAAUGGAACACCAUUUUACAAUAAGUUGAUGAAAAACUUAUGUGAGAAGUUUAAAUUCACACAACAUAGAUCAUCAAUGUACAAUGCACCUGCGAAUGGUUUAGCUGAAGUGUUCAACAAGACACUUUGUAGUUUAUUGAGCAAAGUGGUUGCCAAGUCCAAACGUGAUUGGCAUCAAAGAACAGGGGAGGCUCUGAGGGCAUACAGAACGACAUAUAAAUCAGCAACACAAUUAACCCCAUACUCGUUGGUGUAUGCCGUUGAGGCCGUUCUCCCCUUGGAACUUCAAAUUCCAUCAUUUCAAAUUGCCAUACAAGAAGGCUUGACUUCUGAUGAAAAUGAUAAACUCUGA